AUGGAGAAAUUUGGACUGUCUGGCAAGCUGCCAUCGUUCGGACGCGUUACACAUAAUACGCCACCAAAUAUGUCGAACGUGGACUUCACACCGCGUCAUUUAAGGGUAGCGAAUUGUCCUAACAAUUCGUUUGCAUUGGCGAACGUUGCAGCGGUUUCGAGUGCUGAUUUCCCGGAAAACAUAUACAUAUUGAUUGACAACUUGUUCGUGUUCACGACACGUCAUUCACACGAGGUUCCAGCUGGAACGAUUGGGUUUAACGGUAACCAGCGUACCUGGGGUGGAUGGUCGUUGAAUCAAGACAUUCAGGCAAAAGCGUUUGAUUUAUUCCAGUAUAGUGGCAAACAUCCUUACUUAGGUACUCUGGAGCUAGAAAUCUCGUUCAGAUCGCGUGCGAAGGCGACCGAGGCACCAUUUGACCAAGAUGAACUGGCCAAACAGUUUUUGAAGAAUUUUGAGUCGCAGAUCUUUUCUCCGACGCAAUAUCUGAUUUUUGAAUACAAGGGUCAUAUCUUUGACCUUAAAGUGAGAGGAUUACAAACCAUUGAUUUGGGUGAUGUGGAAGUCGUGGGGCCCAUUGCGACGGGAAUUGAGGUGAAAGGGAUUUUAAUAAAACAAACGCAGAUCAAUUUCUUCAAAGGUCGUGACGGUCUCGUUAACUUGAAAUCUACCAAUUCGUUGCGGCCAAGAUCCGAUGCGGUUAUCAGACCCGACUUCAAAUUUGAGGACCUGGGUGUCGGUGGUCUCGAUAAAGAAUUCACCAAGAUCUUCAGAAGAGCUUUUGCAAGUCGGAUUUUCCCACCUGCCGUGAUUGAAAAGCUCGGUAUUUCGCACGUCAAAGGUUUACUGCUGUACGGUCCCCCCGGUACGGGUAAAACCCUGAUUGCAAGGAAAAUAGGUACUAUGCUUAAUGCCAGAGAACCCAAGAUUGUGAAUGGUCCCGAGAUUCUCAGCAAAUUUGUCGGUUCAUCAGAGGAAAACAUUAGAAACUUGUUCAAAGAUGCAGAGGCAGAAUACCGCUCCAAGGGCGAGGAAUCCUCAUUGCAUAUCAUUAUAUUCGAUGAACUGGACUCGGUGUUCAAGCAGAGAGGUUCUCGAGGUGACGGUACUGGUGUAGGCGACAACGUUGUCAAUCAACUUUUAGCCAAGAUGGACGGUGUAGAUCAACUGAACAACAUUUUGGUGAUUGGUAUGACAAAUCGGAAGGAUUUGAUCGAUAGCGCGCUCUUGAGACCAGGUAGAUUCGAAGUUCAAGUCGAAAUCCAAUUGCCCGACGAGCAUGGCCGCUUCCAAAUUUUCGAAAUUCAAACCAAAAAAAUGCGCGACAACAAGAUGCUUACUCCAGAUGUGGAUUUGAAACAGCUUGCCGCUCUUACCAAAAAUUUUUCAGGUGCUGAGAUCGAAGGGUUGGUGAAAAGUGCCAGUUCGUUUGCCAUUAACAAGACCGUUAGUAUCGGGCAAGGGAGCACCAAACUAAAUCAAAAAGACAUUGCAAACAUGAAGGUUACUAUGCAGGAUUUUUUGAAUGCGUUGGACGAAGUUGUUCCUGCAUUUGGGAUAAGUGAAGAAGAUCUCAAAACGUGCGUGGAAGGUGGAGUGAUCCAUUACUCUGCCACGGUGGAUAACGUUUUGAAGAACGGCGCACGGUACGUGCGUCAAGUAAGAGAUAGCGACAAAUCUCGGCUAGUUUCGCUCCUGGUGCACGGACCAGCGGGGUCCGGUAAAACUGCGUUAUCUGCGGCGAUCGCUCUCAAAUCCGAAUUUCCCUUUAUACGGAUGAUUUCCCCAGAAGAAAUGGUCGGAAUGUCCGAGAGCGCCAAAAUUGCAUACAUCGACAACACUUUUAGGGACGCGUAUAAAUCGCCGCUAAACAUUUUAGUGGUCGAUGCAAUUGAGACCUUGGUGGAUUACGUCCCCAUUGGGCCAAGGUUCUCCAACAACAUUCUACAAGUCUUGAAAGUCUACUUGAAAAGGAAACCGCCUCAGGACCGUCGUUUGCUCAUUAUUUCCACCACAUCUACCCACUCAGUUCUACAGCAGAUGGACCUGCUCAGCUGUUUUGACAACGAGAUUGCUAUCCCCAAUAUCACCACGUUAGACGAGUUCAACAAUAUCAUGAUCGAAUCGGAAUUUUUAGACGAUGCUGCAAGAGUACGCGUCUUGAACGAACUUGCCAAAAUGGGAUCUCAUCUAAACAUCGGCAUCAAGAAAGCUUUGACCAACAUCGAAACUGCAAGACAUGACGAAGACCCCGCUGGUGAAAUUAUCGAUUUGAUGGCUCAAGCCGUCUAG